AAAGGGGGGAAAGAUAUAUAACAGUGCGUAGUGCACGGACGGAUUUCGCCGCGUUCAUAGCGCAUACCACGAAAUCCUCCAACGUGCAAUAAAUAAAUUAUAGACCGAGAUGGAAGCUGAGCUAUCCAUACUGUUUAACGAUGUGCGUAUCCUUCAGAUGGAGAGGAUGUUUCAAUUGGCAGCAACGAUCGUUGUCUUAUACGACCAUAUAAUAUGCUCUCAAAAAGAGGUGAGUUUUGGCGUUAGCCCUCGACCGGGAAUCAUUCACAUAGUUCCUGAAAAGGUGGACUCGAUUUGGAGGAGAUCGAAGUCUCUUGUGUCAUACCUUUACCUUACGAACCGCUACGUUGGGGAUGUCAUCUCCAUCCUCAGUGCAAUAUUAUUUUUGAGCUCGACAUUUUCAGUUGAAACGUAAGUGCACACAAACCGGCCUGUAUGUCUGGUCC